AUGCUUCACCAAACAUCAUUUGGCUAUGGCCGGAACGGAGGGCGCCCAUCGAAGCUGUACCCCGCUCUCCUGGCCGUCCUAGACAUUCUCCUCUGCAUCGCCUACCUUCUCCUGUUCGUCGUCGAUGUCCAGAUGAUCUAUCUGCAGGACGUGGCUCUCUUCACCGCCUACCACUCGUACAUCAUCUGGGUGCUGUCGUUCUCGCGGAUGAAUCAGCUGGCCAUCCCGUGUCUCCUAAUGCUCGCCACCGCCGAGCGACUCGCCUGGUUGACGCCGAAAAGG